GAGGGCUGCCGGGUGCUGGGUAUGGUAGGAAGGACAGGCCACAAGUGAUGUCUGGUAUUUCUUCCACUGCCACCAUGCUUAAGGCUGCAUUUCUGCCCGUGGUCUGUCUGGUAGUCUCCUACAUUACAGACAGCUGCUCUUGCUCAUCAGCCUGAGGUCUGUGCCCUCAUCUACUCCGUCCGUCCUCGAAGUCUGCAUCACCAGUCCCUCUACCCUGAUCUCUGCCAAGGAAUGAAAAAAGGGAAAGAGAGGGAAAUAGUAAUUAUAGUUGAUGAAAACAUUUAAGUUUUCUUAAAGUUGAAAGAUUCUGUUUUCUUCCGCUGAUCAUUGACAGAUAGUGGAUUUGAUCCCUCAACACAUCACACCAACUGGUGAGAGACUCAAUUUUCUGCCCCAGAGGAGAGAGAUAAACAGCUUUCUGUUUGGACUCUAGAAGAGAGACUUGACAUUGGUGGACAAACCCAAUCAUCUUUAGCCAGGACACUGAAAGAGACUAAGUUUGCUGCUUUACCGUGACAGACACAACUUUCUGUGUCAAGACAAGACAAGAUGAGCAGUCUUCUGUCUGAACAGAGACACACAGCCUAGAAAGAGAGACCAAGACCUCUGGAUUUCACCCUUUCAGGGACAACUUUUUGCCUUAAUACUAAAAGGCACCAGCCUGGUCUAAGCAGCUGCAUCUCAGGCCGUUCCAGAGGUGUGGUGUGUGACGGGUGAUGGCCGACUGGAGUCUCCUGGGCAACUUCUUGGAAGAGGUGCAGGAACACUCAACGUCUGUGGGCAAGGUGUGGCUCACCAUCCUCUUCAUCUUCCGUAUUUUGGUCUUGGGCACGGCCGCCGAGUCGUCAUGGGGCGACGAGCAGGAGGACUUCACCUGCGACACGGAGCAGCCCGGUUGCGAGAACGUUUGUUACGACACGGCCUUCCCCAUCGCCCACAUUCGCUACUGGGUGCUGCAGAUUGUCUUCGUGUCCACACCGUCGCUCAUCUACAUGGGCCACGCCAUGCACACGGUGCGCAUGGAGGAGAAACGCCGGCGCAAGGAGCAGGAGGACCAGGGGGGAGGUGACGGGGAGGAAGGAGGAGGGGAAGACGGAGAGGAGAAGCAUUAUCUGGAGCACGGGGAACAGAAGGGGGGAGAGUGCGAGAAGGAGGGCAGCGGCAUGGGCAGGGUGCGUCUGCGCGGGGCGCUGCUGCAGACUUACGUGUUGAGCAUCCUGAUCCGGACGCUAAUGGAGGUGGUCUUCAUCGUGGUGCAGUACAUCCUCUACGGGGUCUUCCUCAACGCCCUGUACGUGUGCCACAGCCGGCCCUGUCCACACCCGGUUAACUGUUACGUCUCGCGGCCCACGGAGAAGAAUGUGUUCAUCGUGUUCAUGCUGGCCGUGUCGGGCGUGUCGCUGUUUCUCAGCGCCGUGGAGCUCUACCACCUGGCCUUUAAGCAGUGUCAGAGGUUUCUGAGGAGGAAACGACAACAGCAACAACAACAGCUGCUACAAGGACGCACGCCCUCAAGUGCUACGGUCAUCUCCGCUGAACCUGACAGCCCACCCCGUCCAUCCAUGCCCUGCACCCCACCCCCAAACUUCAGCCAGUGUGUUAGCUCUUCCCCUCACACACACCCCAUGCAUUCCCAAUCCCACCCCCAUCCUAGCUGCCCCCCCUUCAACAACCGGCUGGCCCACCAGCAGAACUCAGUCAACAUGGCCACUGAGCGCCACCGUGUUGUCCACAAUGACCUUGAAACGGAAGACUUCCUGCACGUGACCUAUGAGGGGCACGCCGACACGCCCAACGCCUGCACCCCGCCCCCUUCGCUGCUCCAAAACGGUUUCCUGAAGGACAAGAGGCGUCUGAGCAAGACCAGUGGCUCCAGUAGCCGUGUGCGACCGGAUGACUUGGCUGUAUAGCGCCAAUUCCCAACACACACACUGUCCCUGGAUCGUUUCAAAGACACACACACACACACACACACACACACACAGACUGGGAUGACUAUGACUCAUCUGUUGUAGGGGACUAAUUUGAACACUGCAUGGGACAAGUCAACGAAGUCACAAAGUAUCACAAGUCAUGAAACGGAAUACUCAAACUAAUCAAGCACAGCUGUAGAGGGGUUAGAGCCUUCAUAUUUAGCCCUCAGGACUAAUCCACUAAUGUGACUGUCUGAGACCUCUGUCUGUCUGAGUCCUAAAUGGCACCCUAUUGCCUAUAUAGCGCACUACUUUAAACCAGGGCACAUAUAGCUUUGGUCAAAAGUAGUGCACUAUAUAGGGGAAUAAGGUGCCAUUUGAGACAUUGACUCUGACUACUGUCACGGAGUCUCUCCCUGAGAGACAGGGGGGCCUUGUGUCAGACCUGAGAAUGAGUGGGUCACUGCCACACUAUCCGCUCUGUGACACUGACUGGCUGAUGGGGACAGCUAAGUGGGACAGAUGACAGCCAGUCUGUCACUCAGAGAGAGAGAGAUAUGUGAAGGACGGCUGCCUGUCAGUGACCCACAAACGCACGCUUAGACGAAUGCUCUGCGUGUGCAAGCUUGCUCUCUCUCACGCAUGCACACGAACACAAACACAUACACACACGCUACAUUUACAGAGGCACGCAGACACUUUCGUUGGCAUACAACACAAACACGCAGACACACCAUGUGAAUCCUGAUGUUGUCAUCACUUCCCACCAGAGAUCCAAUAGGACCUACAGGGAUGACCCGUGGGAUUUUUGGUGUACUAUGUAUGGUUAAAGAGAGACAGACAAAUUACAACCUAUUCUGAUCAGGGCUUUAUUUAUGUGGAGCCAUCAUCGGUUAAAGCAGACAUAACAAGCUUCCCAGGGUGUGGGGAGAACAUAGUUCAUAGUGCAUAGUUCAGAUACCCUGACUGACCCGGUGGCCCGUUUCCCAAAACCAUCUUAAGCCUAAAUUCAUUGUUAGAACCUUCGUUGGAGCAUCAUUAUAACUCAGAGCAGUUUCCCAAAAUCAUCAGUAUUAACUUUGCAAUUGAAAACGCUCGUAAUCUAACGACUGCCUCAGACAACUCCUAGAACAGCUAAGUGCAUCAGAUGCUUUUUCGACCUCCCUCGUCACUUUAUACACAUACAUCUCUGCUAAACAUUGAAUCACAUGGUUUAUAUGUCUCUGUGACUCUGAUAACUUCAUGUAACCGAUGUGAAAUGGCUAGCUAGUUAGCGGUGGUGCGCGCAAAUAGUGUUUCAAUUGGUGACGUCACUCGCUCUGAGACCUGAAGUAGUUGUUCCCCUUGCUCUGCAAGGGCCGCGGCUUUUGUGGCGCGAUGGGUAACGAUGCUUCGUGGGUGUCAGUUGUUGAUGUGUGUAGAGGGUCCCUGGUUCAAGCCCAGGUUGGGGUGAGGAGAGGGACGGAAGCUAUACUGUUACAUUCAGAACAAAGUCGACUAGAAAUGCAAAGAUGCUUCAAAUGAAAACCGAGACGACUGCAUUAAAAUAUAAACAGUAGGCUGUAGGCCUAUUUCAAUCAUAUUGAAAUACAUUUAAUGUUCAAUCAAUUGAGUUCUAGUUUGUUCAGGGGCGCAAGUUGAUUUUAGAAGUGGGGGGGACAUAAUAAAUAUAUAUAUAUUUUUAUUCAGUCAGAUAAACACUCCAAACAGCCUACCUGACUGCUCGGAGGAGUCCACAUGGUCCUAAAGCACACCGUUGCAUCGUUUUGUAUCAUAUUCCAAUGAUAUGGGGGGGACAAAAAUGCAAUUUCAGAAUGUGGGGGGGACAUGUCCCCUGUCCACAGUGAAAGUUGCACCCCUGAUUUUGCUACUUGUAGGCUACUGUCAGUAUUUGUCUCAACAUAUUCCCUGUGUGUGCAAUGAUGUGCCAAAUCGGUGAUUUAGUGCAUUUUCAUUGGGUAAGCAUUAUUCAUAAUAAACUGUCUCAAUAGGAGCUGAUCCGUAGUCAGUAUUGUGAAAUAAUUAUAAUGUUAAGGAAAUAUUUGAAUGAAGAAAGCUGAUCCGAGACCAGCGCUCCUUUUCUUUCGAGCCUAUCAGUAUCGACACAACGCUCCAACGACCCUCUUUGCGACCGUUCUCUCUGCGUGGUGUUUUGGCAGACGCAUGUUACUUCUUCCUUCGGUCGUUGUAGGAAAGACGCAUCAUUAAAACACUCGUAAGCCUACAUUCCAUCGCUAUCGGAAAACCGGGCAGAGACCUUGAAAGUGAUCUUGCCAAACGAGUGUCUGUCUCGAGCCAGAGAGGAAUUCUCUUAAUUUUUGGAAAGUGAUACCCUUUCAGAAUUAGCAAACAGAAGUGCUGAUAUAUAUAUAUAUAUAUAAAAAAUAAGACCUAGCUUUUUUACCUGGUGGUAUGUGGUCGAAAACUGAAAUAGUUUUACACUAGUUUACUGAAUCUGUGUGUAUAAUGUUUUAACAAAUCUCCGAUUUACGUUUUGAAAUGUUUAACUAAAUCUAAAUACGAAUUAACAAAAAAAAUGUUGUUUAACUAAUUUUCAACAUAUCUUUGUUUAAUGUGAAUUAUAUUGUAUUGGGGGGGGGGUGUCAUUGCAAUCACAUUUUUGUAAACGUUGCACUUUAGCAAAAAGCAAUGUGAAAAUCUAUGUAUCUUUAGUGUUCCAAAUGUUUUCAUGUUCAUUUUGUAUGUAAAAGUAUAUAUUGUCUGCCGUUAAAAACACAUUUACCCGUGACACAUGAUAGGAAUUUGCAAGCUAUGUCUUAUCUACUCAUAUUUUAAGUAGAGCGAUUCUAUUUUGCACACUGAUGACAAUAAUGUUCACUGUUCUAUCUGCACUGUAUUGUAUAUUGACUGUGCGUACGGUAAAGAACACUGAUUCUCUUCUCACAAAUUAAGACAAAAUGUAAAACGAGCACAAACUCAAUAUAUACAUCCCAUAUGUACCAUG